UCGUAAGAUCUCCACUUGACUUGAAAACAAAUUAAACAGGAAAAUUUUAUGCAUCCAAACUCCCUUUGGUGGAAGAGUUGUUGAUUGAUCGCCAAAUAUGUCGGAAUUGCAUGAAAAGACAAUGGAAGGACCCUCUCGGCUAACAAGGUCUAGCGAGGACCCAUCCCUUAAGAAUUAUAAGCUAAUAAGAAAUAUUGGCCAUGGCGCAUUUGGCAAAGUGAAAGCCGCAAAGCAUAGACUAACUGGUAUCAAAGUGGCCAUUAAGAUUCUUAAACGUCAAAAAAUGAGGGAAAAGCGCAUGGAGGACAAAGUGAGUCGGGAGAUAAAGAUAGGCAAACUUCUGGAACAUCCUCACAUUAUCAGGCUAUAUGAGAUCAUAGAGACCUUGACUGAUGUAUAUGUUGUCAUGGAGUACGCAGAACGUGGGGAGUUGUUUGAUUAUAUUGUCGAGAAUAGAAGGAUCAGAGAGGAUGAAGCACGGAAAUUUUUUCAGCAGGUAGCAAUACCAGUCAGUUGUUGCAUCUAUCUAUACAUGCAUCAUCGUUUCAACCUUUUUAUUCCCAAUAGGUCAUUAAUAUAUCUGUUGGGUUCGUUCUGGAAACAGAUCAUUUCAGGUUUGGAGUACUGCCACAAAUAUAGGGUGGUUCAUCGAGACCUUAAGCCUGAGAAUCUGCUAUUGGAUUGUAAUGGCAAUGUGAAAAUUGCUGAUUUUGGCUUGAGUACUAUUAUGCAUGAUGGCUAUUUCCUGAAAACAAGUUGUGGUAGUCCAAAUUAUGCUGCUCCAGAGGUUAUCUCUGGUAAACUUUAUGCAGGGCCAGAGGUUGACGUCUGGAGUUGUGGUAUCAUCUUAUAUGUACUUCUUUGUGGCUCUCUUCCUUUUGAUGAUGAAAGCUUACCUAACCUCUAUAAUAAAGUAAAGAGUGGAGUCUAUACUCUUCCAAGUCAUUUAACAACUGGAGCAAGGGAUUUGAUUGAGAGGAUGAUUGUUGUUGACCCUUUAAAGCGGAUAACUAUUCCUGAAAUUCGUCAACAUCCUUGGUUCUUAGCAAAUCUUCCUUAUUAUCUGGCUGCUGCUUUGCCAGAUAUAACACAUCACAUGAAGAAGGUUGAUGAAGAAAUACUUGAGCGUACGGUUACAUUGGGAUUUGACAGGAACCAUUUGGUUCAAUCUCUUCAAAACAGGAUACAAGAUGAUGCUACAGUAUCAUAUUACAUGCUGUUAGACAACUAUUUCUCUGGUAAUAGUGUUUACAGUCCAGAGCUCAAUAAUAGUGCGGGACUUAUUUCAUCUGCUCUUCACAGUGAUGAAUUUUCAGUAUCUGUUGCCCAGCAGCUUAUAGAACAUCAGACUACUCAGUCACCGAGUGUGGGAAGAUGGGGUCUCGGAUUUCAGUUUGGACUGCAGCCUCAUCAUAUUAUGGUAGAAGUUCUGAAUGCACUACGCCAGCUAAAUGUCUGCUGGAAAAAGAUUGGACACUACCACAUCAAGUGCAUGUGGUCUCGAGGUGGUCAAAUUCAAGGCCUUACUAAAAAUUGUCAGUGUAACGGCCUCCAUUUAGGCAAUGAACCUGCAACCAUCCAGACCAAUCAUGUGUCUCAGAACACUGUCAAGUUUGAAUUGCAGCUGUAUAAAACUUGUGAAGAGAAUUACCUAUUGGACCUCCAGAGAGUUACAGGUCCCCAAGUACUCUUUAUUGAUCUUUGUGCCAGUUUCCUUGCCCGGCUGCAGUUAUUCUAGAGUGGCAAUAAUUAUUAGAAGAGAGAAUCUUGUCUACUCAUAAUGACCGAGUUGUGCCAGAAAUCUAGAGAUGUGCUGGCAAGUGGAAGUACCAAUCGGGAGACAGACCACGCCAAACUUUAAGAUCAUGCCUUUUCUGCUUUUAUGUACCGUGUAAAAUGUUCUGACAUUUUGUCUAUUGUAAGAUGAUCUUAUUGCUGAUGAAAAAGAGAAUAUUAGACA